AUGCUAUGUCAAAUUCUACCAACAGCAUAUUUUGUAAAUAGUGGUUUUUGGCCAUUUUACCGAACUGGAAAUGGAAGAGAUGUAUGUGUAUGUAGUAUAUUCAAUUUACCAUGUCUUCAUGGGAGCCAAUUCUCGACUUCAAUAAACAUUGGAGGAUUCAUUGACGAAAACCAGUAUUUCAAAUUUCAAGGAAACCAAGUAAAAUUAGUGGAUCUAGAAGUUGAUGUGAGCCUUCCCGAAACUUUAACUCGUGUGAAGAUAUGUAUUAAGUAUAGAGUUAAACAACUAUGGUAUAAUGGAAUACAACUACAAGAGAGGAUUCUGAGAACAAUAUUCAUCGACGAAUUAUGUCUUGGUCUUGGUUUUCCAGAAAACGCAAUAUCAAGAACUAGACAGGGUGCUAAACUAACGUGCAAUGUAGUGAAAAUGUCAAACUUCUGCUUAUGGUGUACUCCACAUCCAUUAAAAUGUCCGCUUUAUUAUUGCUAUUUCCGUAAUUUAGGGCUGGAAUGUAACAAUAAUUUUCCAAUACGGUAUGAUGUUGAAUGGCAGAACUGUCCCGACCACACAAUAGUUGUGGAUCACAUUGCAACUAGACAUAUAAUUUUGACAUAUAUGUAUAGUUACACAACUGAAAGCGAUGAUGAAGAUGAAGCUCUCGAUUUAUCUAUGGAGUAGGAAACGCUAAUUUAUAUUAUAUAAAAUAGGUUGUUAUUAUUAUACGUAUUUUGUCUUUUAUUUUGGUUAAUAAAUUACACAUAAAAUAC